CGAGGAAGACAUUUAUAGGCAAGUGAGUACAGAAGUUGAGUAUAUGUAACCUUAGCCUCUCCUGAAUUAGUAUCAACAAAUAGAUGUUUCCAGACAUGAAUAGUUGCAACAAGGAUAUCUCAUUUUUCUCUUCCAAUUUUAAGCUACAAACCGCCACUAGUCAUCAAGAUGAUCACAAUCAACCUCAUCAACCCUCUCUCAAUCAAAAUCUUCUCAGUCCUCAAGAGUUCCAUGGUUCUCUCCGUUUGUAUCUAAUCGUUUCCGAAGUUUAUCCGCUUUUAUUUACCCAUUAUAUAUUUGAUAUUGGUGCAGGUAUUGGUUCUUUCCUGGGUAAGAGAUCUUUGUCCUUUGGAGGACGUGUUCCUCAACAUGAGGCAGAUUGUCACGAAGAAUCCGAAAGGAACAGAAUUAUGAAUAGCGGGAAUCACACCGAAGAUUUGUCAGAUGAUGAAGAUGGAUUGUCUCCAGCAGGAGGAGAAAAGAAGAGAAGGCUCAACUCGGAACAAGUGAAGAUGCUGGAGAAAAACUUUGAGUUGGGGAAUAAGCUUGAGCCUGACAGAAAAUUGCAUCUAGCUAAGUUACUUGGCCUACCGCCGAGACAGAUUGCCAUUUGGUUCCAGAACAGGAGGGUUCGUUGGAAAACCAAGCAAUUAGAAAACGACUACCAACUUCUCAAGCGACGAAUUGAUGCCAUCAAAGCCGAAAACUCUACCCUUCAAUCCCAGAACCAAAGACUUCAUGACCAGAUACUGGCACUGAAAAAAUUGGAUCCGGCAGAGUUAAUAAAUUUAAAUAAGAAGACAGACGGAUCGUGCAGCAACACGAGUGAAAACAGCUCGGACAUAAAUUUAGAUAUCUCAAGGAGGACAGCACCAGCAAGACCUCAGAUCCGACCUCAAGAAGUUGAUCAUUAUCACCACCAUCAACCUCAAACAGUGAAAGAAGAAGGUUUUAGCAACCUGUUAUGUGGCAUCGACGAUCAAGCCGAAUUCUGGCCAUGGUUAGAAUGACAAUGAAGAUUGAAUGAGUCGUUUCGCGCACUACUGGCACCUAGCAGCAGAUCCACUACUUCACUUGGAAACGAAUAUCCAUGGAUAAUGUGGCAAGCCAAAAGAACUAAGAGAUUGAGCUGAUAUGGUGUGUGUGAUCUAUUGCAGUUGCAAAUCGAAUAAUAAUUGUUACAGACCUUAAGAGAUAAAUUAUUAAUGUUUAUGAAAAUCUCA